UCAAUUCCUACUCCUAUAAAUACUAAACCCUACUUUUGCUUCCAUCACAUAAUUAACAAUUUAAAGCUUUUUAAGCAUUUUCACUUUCUUCUUGAACACCUGCUUCUUCAAUAAAGAGUGCAAAAUAGAAAGAUGGCUACUUUGAAGAAUUUUCUAGUGAUGUUCAUCUUUGUUAUUGUCCUCUCUUCGAUCUCCUUGGCCUCGGCGACGAAUGGCGGGUAUUUAUACCCACAAUUUUACGACCGAACAUGCCCGAAGGCUCAAGAGAUUGUGAGGAGCAUCGUCGCGAAAGCGCAUGCUCAGGAUCCACGCAUGGCUGCGUCGUUGCUUCGCCUGCACUUCCACGAUUGCUUUGUCAAGGGUUGUGAUGCAUCAAUUUUACUCGACAACAGCGGGAUGAUCAUAAGCGAGAAGCGAUCGAACCCGAACAAGAACUCCGUGAGGGGCUUCGAGGUUGUCGACGAGAUCAAAUACGCAUUGGAGAGGGAAUGCCCGGAAACCGUCUCCUGCGCCGACAUCCUCGCUCUCGCUGCAAGGGACUCUACAGUCUUGACUGGUGGGCCCAGCUGGGAGGUUCCUUUGGGGAGGAGGGAUUCAUUGGGUGCAAGCCUGAGUGGAUCCAACAACAACAUUCCUGCUCCUAACAACACCCUCCCUACCAUCAUCACCAAGUUCAAGCUCCAACACCUCGACCUCGUCGAUCUCGUCGCCUUAUCCGGCGGCCACACGAUCGGCGACGCGCGGUGCACGAGCUUCCGCCAGCGGCUCUACAACCAAUCUGGCAACGGCCUGCCGGACGCCACCCUGAGCGAGGGCUAUGCGGCAGAGCUCCGCGCCCGGUGCCCGCGCUCCGGCGGCGACCAGACCCUCUUCUUCCUCGACCCCCUCACUCCGCUCGAGUUCGACAACCUCUACUUCAAGAGCCUGCUCACCGGCCACGGCCUCCUCAGCUCCGACGAGCUCCUCGUCACGCAGAGCGCGGCCACGAGAGCGCUCGUCGAGAAGUUCGCGGCGAGCAACAAGGCGUUCUUCGAGCAAUUCGCGAAGUCGGUGGUGAAGAUGGGGAACAUUUCGCCGCUGACGGGGCCGACGAGGGGCGAGAUUCGGACGAAUUGCAGGAAGAUCAACGGCGAGCAUUACUAGAUGUUGUUUGAUUGAAUUGGUUUUGUAUUAAUUUGCUCAUUUUGUUGUUGUUGUUGUUGUUGUUGUAUGGUUUAAUUGGGUGAUUUGUUGUGAAUAAAGGCAUGGAAAUGCAUCUAAAUUAUUUGUUGCGAAGAAUCAAAUGUACCCUGUAUUUACUUUUUAUCAAUUAUCAUCAUUUACUUAA